GGGCUUCUUUCAAAAACAACCUACAAAUUCAAUUCAACCCCAAAACCAACCUCUUUUUUUUUGUCAUUACUAUUCACCAUGAAAAGUUCCAAACUAUCCUUAUGUUUUUAAAUUAUUUACAAAAUUGCCAUUAUUAUUUAAUUAUUUAAUAAUUUCGAAAAUCAUAAAAAACCUAUUACACCCUAAACAUUUCUUCUUAUUUACAAUAAUGCCAUUAUCAUCAAUUUUUCAACCACCAUUAACAACCAUUUUUGAGCUCAUUAAACCUCAAGAAUUCAAUAUACAACCACUUUGUUGUGAUUCUAAGCAAAAAAACUCUCAUUUCCUCUCAUUUCCUCUCAUUUCCUCUCCAUUUCAAUCUAAAAAUCUCCCAUAACUUUCAUUUUCAUAACUAUAAUUUCAUAUUUUCGAGUUUACACUGUUGUGAGUAGGCAAAGUUGGAUCCUUUUACUCAUAUUUGGAGCUUGGACGGUGGAAAAGGGUGGAAACAAGCUUUACAUCGGAAAAAGGUAAUGGUUAAUUUGCCUGUUGUGUAUGGAGAAUGGGUGGUGAAAGGCUCUUUGUGGGAGUUUGUGGUUGAUAAAUGGAAAAAAGGGAGAAUGUUCUUUGUGCAUGAUGGUUGUACAUAUGGUGAACUUCUUGAAAUGGCACAAGAAGAUUAUGAUCUGAACAAGAAAACCGAGAAGGUGGAGCUGACAUAUUCCUUACCAGACGUACUUUUAGAGCAAAUGGGUCCAGAUACUCCUCCUAUGCAUGUCACGAGUGAUAGACAAGUACGGAACUUGAUCGAGUUAUGUAAGACCCACAUUGUACGCCUUUGUGUAUCAAGCCAGUGUCAAGUAGAAGCUGGAGGUGACGACGAUGCUCAAGAAACUGCUGAUGUUGCUGUUGAUGCUGAUGUGUCUGAUAGUGGUGAUGAAGGGUUUGAUAAAGAUUGGAAUGAGGCUGAUGAUGCUCAAGAAACUGAUGAUGAUGCUCAAGAAACUGCUGAUGUUUCUGUUGAUGCUGAUGAUGCGGUUGAUGCUGUUGAUGCUGUAAACUACAGUGAUUAUGGGAAAUUGAAAGAUGAGGAUUCUGAUGAUCAAGGGUUUUAUGAUGGACAACAAGCGGAGUAUGCUGGUACUGGAGGAAGAUUGAUGUCUUUUAAUGAAGAUAUAUAUGUCGGUCAGAGUUUUGCUAGUAAGGCUGAGCUCGUUGCAAAGCUGAAGUUGGUUGCUGUGAAAGGUAAAUUUACGUUCACAGCUUACAAGACAACGAAAACUUUGUACGUGGCUAAGUGUCGUGUUGAAGGAUGUGGUUGGAAGCUCAGAGCGAGUGUGAAGCAUGGACCAAAGACAUUUUGGGUGACAAAAUAUUUGAAAACUCAUACAUGUUCAGUGGGGGAUCGGAUGGCUCAACGGAAACAGUAUACUCCGAAAUAUGUUGCUAGACUGUUUAUUGAGUCUAUUGGGAUUAUAGAUGGGAUUACACCGAAGCAUAUCGAAGAUUCGAUGCGGAACAUGUUUGGUCUGAACCUUACUCAUAAACAAGUGCAGUUUUGUACUCUCUAG